CUAGCGGUAGGUUUGUACUUUUUCAAGAAGAAAGACAAAGCAAUCCACUGCCCGUAAGCGCCUCACCGCCUCAGCUCAACGGUUCAACCAAACCAAACUAUCCAACCGUCGUGUUACAUCGGUGUUAUUCAGUUAUUGUUAACCGGUGAUCAGUGAUUCCUGUUGCUGUUAUUGUCUUUUUGUUCGACUUGUUGGAAGUGUUUGAAAUCGAUAUGUAAGUCCUACUCUUAAAUUUUCUUGUGGAAAUAAUGUCAGAUCAAGAGGACAGACCUUCUUCCGGUCAUAAUGCUUCUUUAAGCUCAAUUAAUGAAGGAUCUCCUUCGGCACUCCUACCGAAUCCCAUCAUAACGAAGAGAACAAGAACUCAGUCCAUGUUGGAACUAGCUUUAGAUAACCCUGUUGAACAUGGUGUGAUUAAAAGUUUUUGCAGAGUAAAGGGUCAUGGCUUCAUCAAGAAAGAUGAUGGUGAUGAAAUAUUUGUACAUGUGUCAGACAUUGAUGGAGAGUAUGUUCCAAGAAUUGGAGAUGAAGUAUCUUUUAGAAAACUACUAGUUCCACCAAAAUUAGAGAAAUACCAGGCCGUUCAUGUUCAAAUAACGAAUUUCACUCCGGAGGUUCAUCAGCGUUGGACAUCAGCUCUUACAGCGGAAGAAAGUCACGAAGGGUCGAGACCAAAUUCGCCCAGCAGCAUGAACGUAGAUUCAUAGUCCCAGUUGUCCUUAAUCAUGACACAAAUGUCUUCAUAAUUCCUAUCAACUAAGCUCUACAACUUUUUUCCUGAACCAUUCUAUUUAAAUAACACCCUUUUUGUUGAUUGUUCAGACUACAAAAAACAUCAUUCAUCAUGGUCUCCUCUAUGUUAACAUUAUGUUUCUCAUUCUUAAUCACAUGAAAUCCUGAUUAAUCUUAUAAUUUAUUUUGAUUAAUGAAAGCACAACAUCUUGAUUUGUGACAUUGUUAAAUUGCAGUCAAAUGGGGGAAAUCUUUGGAGUAGUAAACAUUUAACAAACUUAA